UGUCAUCUUGUAUUUAACGAGUGAUUGUUUACGUUGUGGUGUGGUGCGGAUUGUGCUUGCAACAUUGGUGGUAAAAUAUAUAUUUAUUUAUUAAAAUAUAAUAUAUAAAUAUCUAACAAUGCCGCAUGGACACUCACACGGUGGUGGCUGCGAACAUGAAGCAUUGGGAAUUGAAAAUGAAUUGGAAAUAGGUAUACAUUACAGUCUGUAUGAGAAGAUUGAUAUGAACAAUGUAGAAUGUCUGAACGAAGAGCUGGAAGGAUCUGGGAAGACCGUGUUUAAACCAUAUAAUGAGCGUUUAAAUCACGAUAAGUACGUGAAAAGUGAUGCUGACGAGGAACUGCUGUUUAACAUACCCUUCACCGGAAACGUGAAGCUGAAAGGUAUCAUCAUCAUCGGAGCAGACGAUGAAACGCACCCAAAAAAAAUGCGUCUGUUUAAAAAUCGCCCAAAAAUGACGUUCGACGAUACAUCCGCAUCGGCGGAUCAAGAAUUCUCCCUAGAGAAAGAUGCGAACGGUGUAUUCGAAUAUUCUACAAAAGUUGUUACGUUUGCAAACGUGCAUCAUCUUUCACUGCAUAUUCCUACCAAUUAUGGAGGCGAAAGUACAACCGUUUAUUAUAUAGGACUAAAGGGAGAAUUUAGUGAAGCACACCAUCACGGCGUGACAAUCUGUACGUACGAAGCACGUCCUAACGUUUCGGAUCAUAAAAAUAAUUUGUUCGAUUCUGUGAACCACCAAAUUCAAUGAUGUAAAAACUGUUUAUUUUUAGCUUGCACGAUUGUUGUUCUAAUAAAUUAAACAAGAAAAACUCGGUUUCGAACCAUCAAGACGCGGCCUUUUUCAAAGGCGUUCAAAAUAAAAACAAAGGAUGUAAAAAAAAAACCAACAUAAAGAAAGAGAAUUUUCUAUCUCAUUGUGCAGUGAUCGGCAAUCUGCGACCAAAUGGGCCUAACAAUAUUAAAAUACUUGUAGAGUUCCGCGCCAGGAGUCAAAUUCCAUGAAAAUAUGACGAUAAAAAGGGGAUGGCCCUUUCUAGGUAGUAAAGAGCCGUAUGUGGUUCAUGAGCCGUAGUAUGCCGACCACUUUCCCAGUUCUAGUCCAAGUGUAUAUUUUUGAUCAGGCCAACAAAAAAUAAAAAGAUAAUAGUAACACAGUUAAAUUGUGUAAAUAGCUUGUAAUCCUAUUGCAUGUAUAAAUUUUAUGAAUUACAUUGAUUUGUUUUGCAAAAAGCA